AUGGCUGAGCCACAGUCGCGUGCGCCAGCCCCCCUCUGUGCCGGAGCCACAGACAUUGUCGUAGCAGCGUCGGCGGGUAUUUCUGUCAACGCGCGUCUCUGUAAGCACCUCCUCCUUCAAGGUUCUUCUCUCACGCAGCCACAGCCCUUGACGAACUCGGUGUUCCUCGACGCACUCGCGCGGUACCCUCUACCAGUCGUCUCGGCGGCCACUGCGCACGAUGUUGCUGGCUCCGAGCAGCAGCUGCAGCUGCACCAACCGUCAGCCCACUCUCCUUUGCAGCCUCCUUCAGAGGCGUCAUCGGAACCGACAACGGCCGCGUCCGCUGCGCCAGUGCGGAUUCGCAGAUCCACCGCAUCACCGCUUGGCGAAAGGCACAUGAGUUUCAGGGGCGCAGCCCCGCAUGCCGCCAGUGACCUGACAUCUGCGAUCAACCAAUUCUGGGCUCUGUCACCCGCCCCGGCGGCGCCGCAUUCCCCGCUGCUCGCGACUACUGAGGGGGACGCGCAAGGGCCUGUGCAUACGGCCGCGGUCGCUCCUUGUGGCUCCGCGCCUCAGCCGACGCCGCCUCCCCCGCCACCGUGGGUGGCCUUCUCGCCCUUCCGCUUUUGCGCUGAUCCGUCCUUCCACGCAGCGCUGCAGCGCCUUUCGAGACAUCGCAGCGGCACAGCCGAUACGCAUCAGCGAAGACAGCGCGCUGUGGCGCCGCCCUCGCCGCCGAGUCGCCAUAUGCCCGGCCUCUCCUCCCUUGGUCCCCCUGUCGGGGGUGUUGCGCCGGCGUCGCGUCCGGCCGGGGAGGGCCCGCAUGGCACGCCGAGCAGCGGCUCAGCGGCUGUCGCGGUCAACGUUUCCGCUCCUGAUGGCGGCAGUGUGUCCUUUGAUGCGCCGCUGGGCGCCCCGUGGACGGUGAUGGAUGCGUGGUGCCACGGCUUCGCGGCGACGGCGGUGGACGGAGGGCGAAGCCGCAAGCGCGCGCGCACUGCGAGUGCCACGGCAGCUUCGCCGACGAGUGCGGAGCCCACAACUUUCGCGCGUCUUCAUGUGAGUGACACCUAUCACGGAGGCAGCGCGAGGAUGGGCUCAAAGAAUAGCCCGCCGCCGACUGUGACCACGGUGGCUGCGCACGACACCUUCCGCACAAACCCUUCGCCCGACUCGAUUGCGACGCUUCUCCCGUGGGCCUCUCCGAAAACGCCCCACGAGACAGUGGAUGUGCCACAGAGCCGCGUUCCAGAGAAGGAUGACCUGCUCGACCUGCUACUUGGGGUGAGGCAGAAUGCAUCGCGGUCGCCCGAGUUUGCUGGUGGGCUGCCGUGCUCACGGGCGCAGCUCAUGGAAGCUACAGGAAUGACCGGCGCUGAAGUGCACACGGAGGGAGAGGGUGAACGAAACGCUUUGGCGAAGCACAACGGGAGUGCGAUGUUGUCCAGCAGCAGGACGGUCUCGAGACUGGGGACGUCUGCGGCGCGUGCCGGUGCCGACGGGCUUGCUACAUCCUGCGUGCAGAGAAAUCAGGCGACGACUUCGUUGGCCUUGACAGCGGCGGCCACUGCGACCGCGAUGCCUCGUGGGCCGGCUCUGAGUGCAUCUGCAGAUGCCGAUUUCUCCUGUGGUGCCGUUGACCCCAACAACGGCGAACACGUGCUUGUUUCCACCGUGAGGGAGCUCAGAAGCACGUGCGCGCGGCUCGGCCUGCUGAGCACGGGCUCGAAGACGACCCUGCAGCAGCGCCUCCGUUUUUACUACGCAUCCGCACCGGCGUCGCAACAGAGCGGCGUUCGUGUCCCGCUGGCGGCGACAGCCGCGAACUUGUCUGCUGCACUGCAUGUGCCGCUCGACCCCGGUGCAACCCGAACGGGGGGCGAAGUUGGCGCUUCUCGUUCCACCGGCUCUCCUCCACGGACGGUCUUCCGCUACCACAGUCCGUCGCAAUCGCCAGGGUCGGUCCUGCCCGCAUCUGCUGCUGCAGUGGCAGUCGGUCAGCCGCGCACAUGCGCUACUGAGGCAGUGAGUGGGCCGGCGACGCGGGUGGCUGGGCCCGCUGUAUGGGAGCAUGCGGCGGUAUCUACCUCUCCUGCAGCUGCCGCUUCGGGCCAGCGUGGCCGUUUCGUCCCGUCCCCUACGCAGUUCCUUCACGAUCUCGCCUCUUGGACGACGCGGACGCCCCACACGGCGCUUGCCACUCUCUGCGAUGCACACUCGCCCCCCUCCGCGACAGCCGCGCGAGCGCAGCAGGAGGAACUGACGAGCGAGACGGGCCGCGUACGCUGGCAGUGGCUCGUGGACUUCCGCGAACGUUCCAGCGCGCAUCGUGGCGGCGGCGGCAGCGGCAGGCGUCAGCAUGAGGGCAUGUUGGACGUCUUUCGUAAACAGCAUGUGCCGUGCACAUCGAUGAUGCUGCCGGCCGGUGACUUCAUGCUGUCCGUGGAGCUGUCAAAUGAGGAGGCCGCUGCGAUGCACGUGUAUGGCGUUGCUGCAAGUACGGAGGUGGAUCCCGGAGUGCCAAGCGCCUCCGCCCCGGCCGAGGGUGCUGCACCGGUUCUCAGUCAUGUCUGCUCCCUUGUUGUGGAGCGCAAGACGGCCGCGGACCUGGAUGCGAGCGUGAAGGGGGCACGCUACACAGAGCAGCGGCGGCUGCUAGCGGCGUCGCCGUUUCGCUUAGUGGUGUGGCUGAUCGAAGGUGUGAACGUUGCAGGCGGGAGCGGCAGCGGUUUCUCACGUCACGGUCAGCGUCACUACCAAGGCGGUGACGGUACAGAAAGUGACACGCAGCCAGGCAGUCGCAGCCCAUCACCCGCGCCGUCAUCGCGGGCAGAGAGCGCGCGCCAACGCGUCGACUCGGCGUGUGCUUCGCUGGGUCUCCACGGGAAGGGCUGGUUGGUGGUGCGCACCCGUAACACGACGGAGUCUGUGCAGUUUCUGAAGCUGCUCGCGACUCACGUCGCGCGGCAACUUGCCAGUUAUCGUCUUCGUCGUCGUUGCAUGGGCGAAGGCAAUAGUGGCAUGGUGGCUGGGACUGAUGGCUGUGCUGCCUGCCAGACCGCAGCGCAGGACCCAUCCGCACAGCGCGUUGCACGUGCAGAUGGGGGAGACGUCCAUUGCGGUAACAUCUUCCGCAGCACAGGUAAUGGUGCGUCAACGACGAGCAUGGCAGCCGCUGUGGCGCUGCUGCAGUUGACUACCACGAAAACAUGUCUGCAGUCCGUGAGUGCCCUGCAGCGGCACCUGCGCGCAAAGACGGCAUUUCCGCGCAUGCUCAUGUGCGUCCGCGGCUGCUCCGCUGCGCUCGCGUCAUUGCUCUCCUCCAAGUACGGCACACUGCUGCGGUUUUGGCGAGAGCUGCGACGACGCGGCCAGGAGGUGUGCGACGCCGACCCCGAUAUCCAGCGGCUCACCACAGCUCAGAAGAAGGUGUACAUACUGCUGACCGAGUUCCUGCUCGCCAAGGACUACUUCUGA